AUGGAAGAAGAUCAGUACAGCGAAGAAAGACUCCCAUGCAGCAUCUGUAGGCGGUCUUUUGCUCCGGAAGUGUUGACAAAACAUUCAAAGGUUUGCAAAAAGACUGCAGCGACUGCUGCUAAACGGAAGCCGUUUGAUUCUUCUAAGCAGCGAGUCCUAGAAGGAGAACUGUCUCUGAAACAGAUCAAGGAGGCCCAGAAGAAGGAAAUUAAGCCACCAAAAAGCCAUUGGCGAGAGAAACAUCAAGAUUUUAUUAAUGCUGUGAGAAAUGCCAGAGGUUUACAGAAGGUGAUUGAUUCAGGUGGUCCCCUGCCACCUCCACCUCCUCCGUCAAUUAACCCAGAUUAUGUCCAGUGUCCACACUGUUCUCGUCGCUUCAACCCAUCGGCAGCCGAGCGACACAUUAACUUCUGUAAAGACAAGCAGGCAAAGUUACCCAAGAGCAAACCUGGCAAUACGUCUGCCAAGCAGAACACUCAAGUCAAUUAUCAGCCUCCGAAACCUAAAGCCAAGACCAGUACCACAGCUCCUUCGUCUGCAACUGCCACUACCUCAUCUACUGGACCAGCUCGACCAGCACUGGCAGCAACAAAAGCACCAUUGAAAGCACCAGCUCCUGCAGCGAAAGCAUCAGCUGCAGGACCAACAUCCUCGGCCAAAAACUCCACACUAGGGUCCAAUUCUUCUACAAAACAGACGCCUUCAGCAAAAGUUCCUGCUGGAGCAUCUUCCUCGACCACACGGAUAGCCAGUGGUGGGUCUGCCUCCUCGACACGCAUAGUCACUAGCGGGUCUGCUUCUACAACACGGAUAGCUGCUAGUGGACCUGUUGCCACAACACGGAUAACUCCAGGAAAUGGAGCUCCUUCAUCAAAGAUUGGCGCUGGAGGACCUGUUGCCUCUGCUCAGAUACCUGCAGGAGAAGCAGCCUCCUCGGCAAAGAAAUCUUCAGGUAGUUUGCCUUCAUCUUUACGAACACCUGCAGGUUUGGCUUCUUCUUCAUCAAAGAUACCAUCUGGAAAUGCAGCUCCUUCUACAAAGAUACCUGUAGGGGCAGCACCAUCGUCAAGAAUCCCUGUUGGCGGUGCAGCCUUGACAAGAAUUCCUGUUGGAGGUUUGGCCCGGGGAAAGGCAGCUCCAGUUUCUGGACCAAAAGCAUAG